AUGACUAACAGUGGAGUAGAUUUGGAUAUUGAUCCUAAAAAGAAGGAUAACCCGGGAAGUGGUAUAAAAGGAGACGUAAAGGAUGAUCAUCCACAGGGGUAUAAAAGAUAUGAAUACAAAAAAUCUAGUAAACCGCUCGAAAUAACAGGAUUUAAGUAUGAUAAGCACAAACUAUUAAAUCUAAUUUCAAUCAGUGGUAUACAAAUCACCAAGGUUGUAACCUACUUUGAUAAAAAGGGUAAUAAGCUCUUAGUUAUUCAUGUGGAAGCAAGUAAAGAACAUUACUAUUAUACAAACAUUAGUGAUGGGCCUGUGAACGGUGAGACUAAGUUUGAUAGUUUUGUAACUGUGGGCAAAAAUGCACUCAAUGAAAAUUCUGAAAUCAAGACGAUUCUAAAAAUGGUAGAAAAUGGUGAAAGACCUAAGCCAGAGGAAGUACCUAAUCUUAAGAGUAAACUCAGGGAUCUUAGUGAGAAUCUCAUUAUCAAUCUAAAUGAAGCUGAAAAGUCGUCUGUUUCAUUUGGCAAAUAUAAUGCCGGUGAGAAGAAAGAAAUUCAUUUUGACAAAAAGAUUAGUACUGACUUUAGUUAUAUAAUCCAUUGUUAUGGAUUAACGGACUUUACUGUCACUAGCAUUAAAACAAAAACCGGAGAUAUACCUUCAGGAAUAAUUCCCACAAAGAGAAUCAGAAAAUUAAAGGUUUUCUACAACGGUGACCCGAAAGAUAGCGAACCUCUCCUAAUUUACUUUCUAGAGAGCAGUGGAACUAACAAAUGGAUAUGUCAAUAUUAUGGAGAUACUGACUGGGAAAACGUGAAUAGUAGAGAUGGAAUCCCAGCAAAUGAUAAUGAUGACAAGAAGAUUAAGAAUCUUUUAGAGAACAUAGCUAUUCCUAAUGUUGACCUAGAUCUUUCUAAGUCAGGUUCCACGUAUAAGCCCAGUAAAAACAAUUUAUAUUUCAAGGUUUCUAAAACCCAGAAUCCUCCUAAAUCCGGUAUCUUCCAAUUCAAACAUACUGAACAAAAAAACAAAGUGUUUAAAAUUACCAAACUUGAUUAUGACCACGACCUACUCACAGGUAUAAAAUGUGAUAAAGAUUUAGUUAGUGUUUCUGCUUAUUACCUCGGAGAUACUCCUAAACCAGAUCAACUUAUGAUGGUUGAGCUGGUAUGUGGUGAUGGGAACUACAUCUAUUUUAAAAGGAAUAAUAGUCCAUAUAUAUGGACGAAAAUUCCGGAUCAAGAGAAUAAAUUGGAAAACCAACAACUUGACGAUAAGAUCAAGGAGUUGAAUAAAGAAUAUCUUGAUGCCUCCAAAACUGAAGAUGAUGACUCUGGAUCAACACAAAAUUUUCACAAUUAUGAAUCUGGAGGAACAGAAGAUCCAGAGACAUCCAUUUAUUCUGCUACCCCUUCUUCACAAUCAUCAUCAUCUUCUGGUGUUUCUGGCGCUGUAAUUGGAGGAAUAGUGGGUGGUAUACUAGGACUUGCAGUUUUUGCCUUUUUAGCAUGGAAGGGAGUAGCCAGGAUGAGGUCACGCGUAUAG